AUGAGUCACGUCACACAGAUGAGCCAUCUAAAGUCCACCACCGGCUUCGACGAUGGCAAGUCGGACAAAUCCGAUCGUUCCGAAGAAAACUUCGAGUUGGAUUCGUCGGAGGACGAGGAAAUUUCGAUGAUUUUCGGCUUCAAAGAAGAUGAAGCACGUCAACGGCUGAUCAAUUUUCCCAAGUCCACUCGGAUGGUCAUUAGCCCGGAUCUUCAGGCGGAGAUUGGAAUGGAAAUUGGCCAGACAAUCAGUGCCGAACAUCCUUGGAAGCAAAUAAAAAAAGAAGUACUGGAAGAUCAUCUUCCGGGAAAGGAUGCCAUCCAACAGCAACUCAAGGAGAAACUGAAAGACCUGGAUCCGGGAAAGUUAAUACUGGUCGGUUAUUCGCCGGAGCUAUCGACUGAGGACGAUGUGUUUAUCGUUUUCAUUGAUGAACGCGAAACGAAGGACGCUAGCGAACUGAUCAAACGAAUCGAGCUGCUUGAGCGGCAUAAGGCACGCGGCAUACUGAAGAAACGCGCCAAAAAAUGGAAGGACCAGGGAAGCCACAAAAAAGUCGAAUGCUUCAUCCCAAUCAAACGUAUCAAUGUAGUCAACUUGGAAACACAAAGCGUAUUUCCCGUGAAACGUUGCAGCUACAUAUUUAGCCACCGUAUGGUAGAUGACGUCCGUGAUGGCUACGUUGAGCUCAUUCCCGGGAAAGUAAAAUUUGAUAAUAUUCAGCGCAAACUGGUAGACUUUGCCGUUCAAACUGGGCCCCCAAAAAUUCACCAAUAUCAGCAAACAGACCCCACGUUCCCGACAAAUGCCUGGUCCCAAUAUUUGUAUGAGAUUUCUCAAGAAGAAAAAGAAGCAGCAAACAAGUCAGCAGCUACAGCUGGUGAUGAUGAUCAAGCUCCCAAACCAAAUAGCUACGUUCAAGAGCUACUCAACACACUAGAAUUCAAUCAAGUCGACAUGUACAAGAACGAUUAUCCUUGCAUUUCAAAGAGGAAGAUUCGUAAAUAUCAAACUCCGGUUGUUGAAGAAUGCCUGUGCUUUGCCGAUCGAGUCAAGUGCGGAAACCGCUACGUAUCAGCUAUGGAUUGGCACCCAAAGUAUUCAGGAAUAUUUGUGGCGGCAUAUAAUUUCGAUGCAUUGUGUACUGUGGUGGAUAUCGAGGAUAGAGACUCCAAAUCGAUUGAUCCUGUGAACCGGAUAGUCUUUGACAAAUGCCCUGUGCUGAUGUGGAGUUUUGAUGAAACACUCACCCAGAAAUUGGAACUUAGAUCUAGCCGAGAGGUGACAUCGCUAUCGUUUUGUCCUUACGACGGAAACUUACUUGUGGGAGGCCUGGCCUCUGGACAAAUAAUCAUAUGGGAUUUAAAAGGUGAGAUUGAACGUGUAGAAAAGGUUGAAGAAAUUUCACCAAAACAGCAUGGAUAUCGUCAAGAAAUUAGAAAGCUUAUGGGAUGGUCCAACGCAGAAGAGGUUGAUCAAACUGUUGAGCCUGUAGCCAUCAGCGCUAUGGAUAAAUCUCCAAGAAAUCCAAUUACCGUCAUCAAAUGGUUGCCUCGCAAUCACUAUUGUGCAACGACUGGACAAGUUCGCGCGCAUGCUGAUAAGUUACAUCGCUUCAUCUUGACUGCAUCAAUUGACGGUUCAGUUUGUUUCUGGGAUUUGGAUUUCACAGUCCCUGCAUUGAAGAAAGCAGCUCAAACAUCUAAAACGGUUGCAGAUGGUCUGGCAUCUCCAUAUCAAGCGUUGGACAAUGUGUUUUAUCCAAUAUUUCGAAUCAAGUGUGAAACACCUAUCACCUCCAUCUCUGUUGAUGAAGCAUUAUAUGAAUUCAAACCAAUCGAUGCAGAUUACAAGAGAGCUGACAUUACCACAAGAAUCGAACAUCAGGCUCAGCCAAUAGCAAAGGAGUAUCAUAUGAAGAUGGUUCUUGGAAGUUUGUUGGGGGAUAUAAUCCAAGGUUAUUGGGAAGGUCAUGACUUUGACCAGGGAGCAGCAACCAACGAAGAAGUUCUGAAAGAAAAGAAUAAAUUUGCAGUAGUGCACGAUGGAUCGAUAUUGUCGUUGGAACGCAACCCAUUCUGUAGCGAUAUAUUCUUAACCAUUGGUGGAAAUGUUUUGGCCCUGUGGAGCGAAGAAUGUCUCAGCUCAGCAAUAUUUUGGAGGAAACGAAUUACUCGUGUGACCGCUGGAAAGUGGAGUUUAGAUCGUGCUUGCGUAUUUUUUAUUGCAAACUGCAACGGAGAUCUUGAAAUUUGGGAUACGAAUGUUCGAAUUGAUGCUCCUUGUCUACAAGUCAAUUUGGGUGGAAAUAUUCUCACGUAUAUAUCUCAGCAUAAGCUACCAGGACCGAAGAAAUUCCUAGCCGUAGCUGAUUAUAACAGCAAUAUACGUAUUCUUACGAUUCCGAAUACCUUCUCUGAACCAAUUCCGAAUGAAGUGAAGAAAUUUAAAAAGUUCAUUCGACACGAACUAACCCGCAAGCAAUCACAAGACGAAUGGAUACAGUCGUACUAUGAGGCUCACAAAGAGACUGUUGAGGCACAGCUGAAGGCAAAACACGAGGCCAAGGAACUUGCCGAGCGUAUGGAAAUUGAGCAGAAGGAACAUGAUGAGUACAUGAAACGUCAAGCUGUAGAAGAAGCCAAGAAAAAAGCUAUCAGAGAUUCUGAGAAAAGAGUUGAUCUGGCAAAACGUUUGGAUGUAAAAUGGAGGCAAAAGAGCUAUAAAAGGCUAAUGCGCAGCAUGAUGACAAGACGGAACAUUAGCCCGGAUCAAUUAGCUAAACAGAUGAAACCUGAAAAAGAAAGAAGAAAGUAUAAUGAUGAGAAACGUUGUGCAAUCGCGGAAGAUCUGGCACGAAUCGAAGAAGACUACAAGGAAAUAAAGGCGCAACUAAUUCCAGUUGGUAAGGUAAUAGUGACCAGGGCAGAGCAAUUGAAAGGUCGCAUGGAUAAAUACAAGGAGGAAAUGAUGGACUAUUACCGAGUUGAGGAUGAAGCAAGAGAAGUUCUCGAAAACUUUCAGCUACCACAAUUGGCACGUUUUACUGACAUUUUAAUCAAAGGCCGGCAACGAAGAGAAGUGAUAAGUCGAGAAUUAGGAGCAAACAUAGAGCACUUGGAAAGUUACGAACGGAAAAAAAUGCAGCGCCUGAUGAUUGCUAACGAGGCACGUGGUGACACAGAUAGUACUGUCAGCAAUACGAGUCCAGACGCUUUACAACGCGCACGGUCAGUCACCUUUAUCGACGAUGUUCCGGAUGAACUGCGUAGACAAAUGUCGCAAGAGCAAGAACUAGAAUCAGGUCGAAAAAAUACACCGGUUAAUGACGAAUAGAAACGGUCCGCACACGCGGAAGGAAUAAUAUAUUACAUGUCAUUGGUUUUUGAGUUUCAGUUCAUAUUCAUAGCAUGCGAACCCUGCAAAAUGUGACCGGUAUAAUGGUGGUUUCUUUUCCUGACCAACAAAACUAAAUUGGAAAUUCGGAACACGCUGCAAGUCCAGUUUUUGUUUUUUGAAUACGAAGCAAACAAGCAGAUUGAUUGGAUUUUUGUUGUGUCGCACAAUGCGUGGCACAUUAUUUUUUGUUAUACUCUGACGUUGCUGCGGCAUUAUAUAAACUAGGUAUACGUAAGUUGUA